AUGUCUGGAACUAGCAGCAGCAGCAACGACCUUAGUCGGCCUGAUACAUUGAAAACUAUGGAGUCGACCAGAAAACAUUUGAAUUCGCUAACGGUAUCGACUAAUACGUCUACGAAUUCGUUAUUUUCGUUGCACGGCUCGAGCUCAUCGUCGAUAUUUCGCACCAUAUCCCGUGUUGAAACGGAACCGGAAGUCGAUGGAGACGUGUAUUACCGUGCAUUGCAGGACUCAUCGUCUGCUCACGCAACAAAUAACUCGUAUCUCUCGCAAGGAAGCUCGUUGACCAUCCAGUUCGGCAACAAGAGACAGAAUUUGAACCACAAGUUCUGCGUCAUCCUGAUCGGGUUGCCAGCAACAGGCAAGUCUACCAUCUCGAGACACUUGAUCAAUUUCCUACACUCUUCUGCUCGCACCUCGCACUUGAGAUGCUCCAUCUUCAACGCAGGCAACGUUAGACGGAAGCUGAGCGUCCGCAGAAGGCACGUGUCCGCGCCAUUCAUGGCUCCAGAACUCAAUAAGUCGGACGACGACUUGUUCAACCCCAAAAACUCACACAAGAAGGAGGAAUACGCAAGAAUCACAUUGGCCAAACUCUUGGAUGAAAUCGAAAACGACCGCUGCGACUUGGCCAUCUUCGAUGCCACAAACUCAACUCUAAAAAGAAGAGACUUCGUCUUACAAGAAAUUAGAAACUUCAACAAAACUCAAUACGAGCUCUACAACGCCAAAAAUGCUGGUACUGGAAGCAGCAGCGGCACCGAUACAGAGUCAACCUAUGGUGCGGAAACUGAAGGAAAACCAGAUGAAGAUUCCGGUUCUAUCCAUAUCACCCCAAUCUUCUUGCAAGUUUCUUGCACAGAACCAACUUUUGUCAAAUUUAAUAUCCAUAACAAAACCUUCAACCAAGAUUACUACGACAAGCCUUAUGAAUACGCAGUCAGAGACUUUGCUAGAAGAUUGCAACAUUACCACUCUCAGUUUGUCCAAUUCAGCAAAGAUGAGUUCGAUCACUACUGCAAAGAAAAUGCUAGGAUCAACGAAGGAUCUCACAACCCUAAUUUCGGAUUAUUCUUCUUCCAUAUUAUGAACGCUGGUCAAUUCUCCGCAGAUGAUAGUAGCAUGUACUAUUUCCCAUCCCAAUACUGCUCCGAUACAGCAGAAUUGAUCAACACAAUGGAAUAUUUCGUCGAGAACUAUUCUAAAAUGUACGGUUAUGAAUAUAUCGAGAAGGCAAACACAUUCUGGAAGUAUGGUUCAACUACAACUAAUCGUCAAACGCUACAAGCAUCUUCCUCGGAAUGUACUGACCAAAUCGACGCCAGCGUUAGAAAACAACACCUGGUAACCUUGAACGAAGUCAUUAACGAUGCCUAUCUCCAAACAUUAUAA